GAUGCAUUUAGAGAAGUUAUGCCAAAUGCAGAGACAAGAUACUGCUGUAGGCAUAUAUGGACAAACUUCAAGGGGAAGUUCCCAGGUGUAGUGUACAAAGAGCCGUUCUAGAGGGCUGCAAGAGCAUCAACAAAGCAUGAAUUUGAGAAGCAUAUGUUAUGUAUUAAGAAAUUGAAUGAAGAAGCUUUCAAAUACUUGAAUGAUAUCCCUCCAGCUCAUUGGUCUAGGCAUGCUUUUACAUCUUCUUGCAAAUCUGGUAUGUUGCUGAAUAAUUGUUGUGAGAGUUUCAAUAAUGUCCUUAGAGAGGCUAGAUGUAAACCCAUUCUUCAGUUGAUGGAAUGGAUUAGGAGAUAUGUUUUGGCUAGAUGCUUUGCUAAAAAGGAGGGAUUGAAAAUUUUUGAGGGUGAGAUAAUGCCUAGUGUAGUCAAAAUGGUUCAUAGGGGUUUGCAAGAAUCUGGUUCAAUGAGAAUUAACCAAGCUGACCUUAAUGAAUUUGAAGUUGAUCAUGGAGAUGACACAUUUGUGGUGAAUUUAGAAACUCAGACUUGUGGUUGCUAUAGGUGGACACUUAUGGGUAUACCUUGUUGGCAUGCACUAGCUUGCAUACAACUAAAGAGGUUGAACUAUGAACACUUCAUUCACCCUGCCUACCAUGUCAUUACCUAUGCAAAAGCCUAUGCCCCUUCUUUUAAAGCCAUGCCUGGCCAAUCCCAAUGGGAGGUGACUCCUUACCCUAAACCCCUGCCUCCUUCACAUAGAAAGAUGCCUGGCAGGCCUAGCAAGAAGAAGAGGGUGAGGGAACAAGGAGAAGAUCAAGAGAGGAGAAAUGUGAAAAGGGCUAAGAAGAAGAAUAGGUGCAGUAGGUGUGGAGGUCUUGGUCAUUACAAGACCAAAUGCAAUAACCCUGUUCAACAAGUAGUCCCUAAACCUAAGGGAAGGAAGCAAGUUGGUGUUGGUCAAAGGUCUUCUGAAUCUGUUGCUGGUGUCUCUGCUGCUGGUGCCACUGCUUCUUAUGCUACUGGUACCUCUGAUGCUGCUGCUGCUGGUGCCAGUGCAUCUUCACCUCCUGGCAGAAGGAGAAAAAGUGUGGCAAGAAAGGGUGGUUCCCAAAAGAAGAAGCGUUCUACCUCUGCCAACCAAGUCCAUAUUUCAAUCUGUCAUGGAGAUGCUCCACCAUUAACACAAUCCCAAGAUCCUCCUGCUAUGGGUAGUUAA